GGCAGGACGUACGAGGCUUUUUCGACCAGCGCUUACGUAUACUGUGACUUGUAGUGGUGUGACUUGUGAUGAGUUAUGACUGCCACACUUGUGACUUCGUUUGUGCUGUGUAUCGGACAGUUGUCCAGCAUGGUGCGCAGGCCGCACUUCAUGAAAUUCAGCAGCGCCUUGUACCAGAUCCGUGGACGUUCUCUCAUCUGUCGCGCUACUUCCCCGCGAAUACAAAGCUCUCGUGGCAGAUGUUGUAUUCUCCUAUGGACGAUGCCUAUCAUCCCACGAUGGACUCUACGUGGGGGCACGAAGAAGUUGGCAUCGCUGGUCUCACGCUGCAGGACAUCGCAGAAGCGUUCCAUGCCACCAAGUAUCGAAAGGACAUCAAGAUAUCACCUCUGGAGCGAAGAAGCCACGUACCGGAAUAUCGGCACCAGCAAAACCUCUGGGGAAGUCCCGACGCCAAUAAACUGGAUGAGGCGCAACACACAUUCCAGUUUGCUGUGAAAUAUCUCAUGGUCAAAAAAGGGGCGUCGUACGAGACAAUCCGCAAUGCAUUGCAGCACGUGGACUUGAGCAUGUUCAAAGAGGUGCGAAAACUGGCACCGUUCUGCAAGAAGCUCUACCGCGCCGAGUGCGACCCACAUCAUGCGUACAGGUCCUUCGACGGGUCUUGCAACAACAUGGAACAACCCAAUUGGGGGAGAGCGCGGACGUGCAUGAAGAGGAUAAUGUCCCCUGCCUAUGAUGAUGAACUGGGUGACCCGCGAGCUCGGAUGAAGACCGGUCGUCGCCUUCCUAAUCCCCGACUCUUGUCCAACGUGUUGGCUACCGUGGAAGGACCUGACGUCCUGUUAACUCACAAGUACACCCACCUCUUCAUGAUCUUCGGCCAGAUGAUAGCUCACGACACCACACUGACGCCCAUCACGACAAAAGGACCAUUCGACGACCUUAUAGCGAACGGCACCAACAUCCAAUGCUGCCCGUGGGGGUCCGCUACCAACGUUCCCGCUUGCCUGCCUAUCUAUGUGGAGCCCACGGAUCCCUUUUUUUCGAAGCUGAACAUCGACUGCAUCAACUUCGUCCGUUCAGCUGGCUGCACUGACUGUACCAUAAGUCACAGGGAGCAGACGGAUCAACAGACAGCCUUCCUAGAUGCUUCUAACGUGUACGGAGCAUCCAAAACGGACCUCAUGAACGUACGCGAUCCAGAAGACCCAGCACUGUUGGCCUUAAGGCCCGAAAGCGGUCUACUUCCAGUCAGCUUGAUCCCUACAAGUGAUGGCUGCAGUGACCUCAGACGCAGCAAACUCUGCUUCAGAGCUGGCGAUCGCCGUGUGAACCAGCAGCCUGGAAUUACAAGCAUGCAGACGAUUUUCGCUCGCCAACACAACCGCCUGGCGCACGAGCUGAAGAGGGUCAAUCCUCACUGGGAAGGAAAGAAAAUUUUCCAAGAAGCCCGGAGCAUCCUCAUAGCCCAGCUUCAGAAGAUUGUGUAUACGGAAUACCUACCCAUCGCUCUGGGGCCUCAUGUCAUGGAACUCUACGGACUGAACAUCAAGGGGCCGGAACACAGAACACAGUACGACGGUUUUGCCGACCCGAGCAUGACUACUGAGUUCGCCACGGCUGCCUUUCGUUUUGGCCAUCCCUUGGUACAUGAUUUCAUGUCACUCAACAGCCAUGGAAAGCAACGCAUGUUGGACCUAAAGGACUUUUUCUUUGACGUCUUCGACUUUUAUAAGAAGGGCAAACUGGACGACUUCCUACGCGGUGUCAGCUGGCAGUUGGGCAAAGCUUUCGGACCAAGUAUGGUGGAGGACGUCAAGAACUUCCUCUACCGUAACUCAAGCAGCUUCUCUGGUCUGGACCUGGCAUCGUUAAACAUUCAGAGGGGACGCGACCACGGCAUUCCGGGGUACGGACACUAUCUCUCAUGGUGUUCCGGGAAACCCGUCCACAACUUCGAAGACCUCUUACCGUACAUGACUAAAAGAAGUGUGGACACGCUCAGCAAGCUCUACGAGACGCCGUACGACGUGGACCUUUGGGUUGGCGGCCUGUACGAGAAACCAGUGAAGGGCGGCGUCGUAGGAUCCACAUUCGCCUGCCUUCUAGGACACCAGUUUAGAAACAUGAUGUAUGGAGACCGCUAUUUCUUCACUCAUCAGCAGCCAACGUAUGCGCAUAUCGGAUUUUCGGAUGGGCAACUGUCAGAGAUCUUCCGCAGCAGCUUCGCCAAAAUUGUUUGUGCCAACGUAGAUAGACCCUCGAACAUGUACGUGCAGAAAUACCUCCUCCUGCCAGCUGGCGAAGGGAAUCCGUGGUUCCCAUGCAAAGACCUGCCAGACACAGACCUGACGCUCUGGAUGGAUAUGGUGCCAAACUUCUCUCACGAGAUGCACUUCAAAAAGAAGUAGACACGAAAAUGAAGAAAACAGAAUCAACUUACAGGGACCUGCAAAGAAAAUGUAGUGCAAAGAGAGGAACUGCGCAUAGCCGCAAGAAAGGCCAGCAGCCAUUCUGUUUCAAGACUGCGAGUGAUCUGUGCGAGCGGCUCUCGGGAGGCUUCUCCUAUACGCCCUUCGUGUUUUAGCUCAGGAUCAACAAUUAACAGAACCACGGUUGCGUGUGUUCAUACUCAUGGUUUCAUGGCCACCUCUUGGAAUCCCUAAGAUGUAACGCCUGAGCGAAUAACUCUCACAUCAGGAGCCGGGCACACAGGGGCUCCAAGAGAAUGUUUGUUUGAGUUUCCAUAAGAUACGGCAUCACGGGGUACAGCCUUUACCAAAGCAAAUAAGGCAGGGAAAUUUGCACUUGUUCUGGCUGCACUGCACCAGAAGCAUGGACCACCGUCAGUGCUUUCGCCACUCUCUCGGUCUCUCUCGCUUCUUUUUAUUUGGACGAGGACCAUAUGGUGAUGCCAGAUGCGUCAUAGUUCUCCGUUAAAUACUGGAUAUACCUAAUUCCUGGCACUUUGCCGUAUGAAAUUCUGAUCGACGUUCUUAGUUUCGAUACUGGGUGUCCCAAAAUAUCCGCAAAACGAAGACAGAGGGAUAAGUACAAAGCACAACACUAAUGCAGUUAUGGCUACAUGUUGCCACACACUUGUGGAAGAAUGAACGCCAGAGGGCUGCCGUCUGGACGCCUCUUCGGGUUGACUAUCAUCCUGCUCGCAUCCUCAUAUUGGAGGUGUUGUUCAAGAUCACUGUCCAUAAAUGGCCUGGCUACAUUAAUUUCAAUAGGAACUCGGCAACAGAGUGGAGAUAAUUUCGAGUGAAAACAAAAAACAAAAAAAAAACCUACGUCCUGUCACGUAAAAGGUUCAAUAACAUGUACCGGUCACAGCAUGACAUAAGCAGCAGGCAAGUAAAGGCGUGUCAAUCAAUGGCAAACCUACGCAGGUAGGUUGGUGUGCGUGAAAAUAGCUGCAGCAUCACUUCAUUCGUACGCAAAGUACCUCAUUUAUAUGCAGUGGGCACACCUGUCUCUUUCACGCGUGGGGCAAGGCAUCAUUGUGUGUAAAUAACCUCGACAGUGCGUGGGUGGACUUCCUAACAGAACAGUCAGCGGUACCCGCGUCCAAUCAGACAUGUGCCACGGUGUGACAUGUGACUUUCGGGGUGUGUGAACUGUGCGUGAGAAAUUCAUCCCUCAAUUGCUCAGAUAUUUCUGUGUACGUGUGCUUAAUAAAUACAUUAGAUUUGU